GCAUUUUAUUUGUUAUUAUAUUGUGAUCGUGAAAUUAUUAAUUUUGAAUGUAUAUCGUGUCCAUGGCAUGGGCCAACUGUAUACCUCAGAUGCAAAUAACACGUAUUAUAUAGAUUUUGAGCGUAAGUUCUCAUGGUUUGAUGGUCAAAUUGCCUGCUUAAGGAUGAACAUGACCUUGGUGGAGAUAAAGACGAGCACAAAAUCCCUGGAACUGAAUACCAUGAUCAAAAAUCUUCAACAACAGAAUAAUAUUAAAGGAGACUAUCUUUGGAUUGGUGGCAUUCUGUCACGAUUUCCGAAUAAAAAGUUUGUUUGGCUUUCAACGGGUGAAGAAUUAACGUACACCAAUUGGUAUGACAAUAAUCCGGAUUUCUAUAAUGAUAAUGAAUUUUGUAUUGAAAUGGUGAUGGCGGAAAACUGGAAAUGGAAUGAUGAUUCUUGUAUAACAAGAGGAGGUUUCGUGUGUGAAUACAAAAAAGAAAUAGAAAUUCAGCAAGAAAUUUACAAUCAUCUGCAAGAGCAAAACAAUCUACAACAAGAAGUGGUCAAGCAAAAGGAACAAAUUGAGAAUGAAUUGCAGAAGCAAAACGAUUUGCAACACAAACAUCUAGAGAAGUUACAACAAUUCGAAGAGCAAAAAUUAGAAAUGGAAAAAGAAAUAGCGAAGUAUUUAAGAAAGAUGAAUCAAAGCUUAGAGACGCAAGAAAAGCUUAAAGAAAAUUUACAAACUGAAGUAAAAAAUAAUGAAGCUUUGAAUACAGACUUACGAAAGCAAAAACAGUUGCAGCAGCAACUACAAGAAAAAUUAGCUUUAAGAGAGGAAGAAUUAGGAAAGCAACAAGCUUUACAACAACAACUUAAGCUACAGUUGCAAGAUCUCAAAGAGGAAAAGCUACAACUUAAAAAUCAAUUGGAAACAGAAUUAUCUCCACAGAAGGAUCUAAAUCAGGAAAUGCUAGAAAAUGAAGCGGAAAAUCAUAAAAGACUCUUUCAGAUUUCACAUUUAAAAAACCACAUUAAUGAGCUGUUGCAGUCAAGUGACGACAACAAUUGGGAAUCUAAAGAUUUGCAAAAAUAUGAAUUACACAAUAAUGGUCAAAACGUCGUUAUCGUCUAUUCCCCAUACCGCGUGUUUUUUAAUAACAUAUAUCAGAACCUUGAUAAUUCUACAACGCAUAAUUAAUAAAUAUGAAUCAAAUUGACUUUUCUUUUAAAAUCUAUGAAACCGACCAUUAUUUCUUAAGUGUUUAUGAUUUUGACCAAAUAGCAAAUAACUACUAAAUUUCAGAAUCCAAUGACUUUAUCUUUAAUAGUUAUAGUAUCCUAAGUUUGUAAAAUAUAAAAAAAAAUUAUUGAAACAAACGGGA